UAACAUGAAAAAGAACGAAAAAUUGACUCAGGCAAUUCUAGUUACUCCCGAAAAAUGAUUCAUUAUGUAGUAAUACAAGAAAGAGAACGAUAAAUAAUCAGUAGAAGAUAACGAAAGGGUCAUUAAGUGCAUUUAUUAGAAGUGAACUAUUCAUAAAAAUGACAUCUUGCAGAAAUUUCAUACGAAAACUGAAUCGUGCCCAAUGUGUUAAGAAUUUGAUUAUUAUUUUCGAUAGUAUAUCAAUAUAAUCAGUUAUUUUACAAUAGAAUUUUUUCUUAAAAUAAAUUUGUUUUAUCAUUCAAAAUCUUACUGUUUAAGGUAAAUCAAUUGAAAAAGUAAAUAAUUCUUCAUUAUCAUCAUUAUUAAGCUCAACAUCUCGAAAAGAUAAUACGAAGUUAGAUGAAAAAAUUAUUUCAAAUAAAAAUGAAGAAAAUUUAUCAUUAAUUAAUGCAAAAAAUGAGAAUAAAAAAUCAGUAAAAAAAGAAUCACUUUCAACAUCAUUAUUACAAAUUCCAACAAAACGACGUUUACAUUUAACUCACUAUCAUACAAAUGAUAAUACUAAUGAUUGUUUAUCAACUUUUAUUAUUAGUAUUGAUCAAUCGAAAAAAGAAAAUAAAUAG